GAUUCUAAUGAUGUAACACAUGGAAAGUUCCGGAGUGCUCUAAGGUCGGACGGAAGCUUCUUAAUCCGUGCUCUUAAAUUACUCUGUUGCUUAGUUUAUAGCAGAGACACGAAAUUAAUUGAAUAAAAAUGCCGAGAGGAAGCAGAAGCCGGACGUCAAGGGUCGCCCCUCCAGCCAGCCGGGCCCCUCCUCCACCUCCUCCCAUGGCACGGGCUGCACCUCCUCCUGCCCAUGCUCCUGUUCCUAUGCAGGCACCUCCUUCGGCCCUUGGGGCUCCAGCAGCUCCCAGGCAGCCUGGUAUGUUUGCCCAGAUGGCAACUACAGCCGCUGGGGUGGCAGUAGGUUCAGCAGUGGGCCAUACCAUUGGUCAUGCCAUGACAGGAGGAUUCGGCGGAGGACACUCAGAACCAGCAAGGCCUGACGUCACAUACCAGGAGCCCUACCAGGCACAACCAUACCAGGCUCAGCCUAUGUACCAGCAGCCACAGUCCAUGUACCAACAAGAGCCUCAGCAGCAGCAGCAGGCCUGCUCAUAUGAGCUCAAACAGUUCAUUGAGUGUGCCCAGACUCAAAGCGACCUCAAGCUCUGUGAAGGCUUCAGUGAGGUGCUCAAACAGUGCAAGUUUGCAAAUGGUCUAUCAUGAUACAGCUGACUGCAGAUAUCAUCCUACUAAAUAAUAAAAACAGAAUACCAAAUGAAUGCUUUUUAGUCAGACAUUGUUAUAUUAUAUUUAUAGACAUCAGUCAUUUCACAUAUAGAUACUGUUGGCUUUUGUUAUAUAUAUAUAUAUAUAUAUAUAUAUAUAUAUAUAUAUAUAUUAAAUUAAGUACUUAAAUACUACUUUUUUUUUUUUUUUUUUAGUAUUGUUAUAAUGUUCCUCCACAUACAUUUACUAUUACAGGGCAAAUGGCAUUUGUGCUAUAGUUUGCAAAAAUCACUGUUUCCUAUUGACUUCAUUUGCAAUUACAAUAAUAAAGCUCAACUAAUCAGAAUAAAUGUGUCCAAGUUUA